AUGUCGGAUAACAGUCGCCUGUCUUCCGCGGAGAAAAAGCGUCUUCGGGAUCGGCGAGCCCAGCAAAAUUCGCGAAGUAAGAAGUUGCAGUAUCUCGGUCACCUUGAAGAACGCAUCGCUCGGCUAGAAAAGCAGCUCGCCCAUUGUCGGCAACACCACACCGAUGAAGGCGUCCAGCAGCAACUCGAGGAGAUGGAGGGUCUCCGGAAACAAAAUGAAUCUCUUCUUGCGCGUCAACGACAGCUAAGGAGUCUCGUGCAAUCCUGGGACCUCGAGGCGGGCACUCUCUCGGAAGCUCCCUCCAGACCAGCUUAUCCUCCAGAAGCAGUCAAUGUCGAGAGCCUGCGUCCUUCCCUACCACCACCUCCUCCGACAACAGUUUCCCUCAGCCCGGUAGACCCCUUGGAGGCCAGCAGAAGAACUCUUCCUAUCCCUCCACUUCCUCCAAUCUUACCCCCGUUGUCCCCGAUUGCAGCUACUAUCAACCCCGCCAACGAUUCGGCAGCUUCGACUAAGCCGCUGUGGGAACGCAUUCCACUCAACAAUAACGACCCGGCAGCCCCCCAACUGCCCUGGCAAGCCUAUCCGGAGCAGAUCCGAGCGUCGCCAGACUCCCCCGCCUCUCCGCUAGAUAUUUUGUAUGGCUCCAAGACCAACGUCCUGGCGGACCUGAUCUACCGCACCAUGAAGCGACGCCCUCUGCGCGACCCCGAGCGUCUAGCCUGUGGCUGGCUAGCCUACCACCUCCUCAAAUGGGUCUUCUCGCCCAGUCCCAGCCGGUUCGCUCGGCUGCCGACCUUCAUGCAUCCAACCCCUGACCAGCUGAACAUCCCCCAUUUUGCCUCGAUCGACCUCAUGAUCUGGCCGCAGAUCCGGUCAAACCUGAUCCGCCGCUGGCACAUCUACGAAGGCCAGCGCGACGAUCUUUUUGGAUUUCUGUCCUGUUGUCUCAAGGUCCGUUGGCCGUGGGGAGAGAGUAUCCUCGAGCGCGACGAGCACGACCAACUCCGCAUUCGACGCAGCUUCUACGAGACUUUCAUGACCGUCGAGGGGUGGGGAAUCACGCCGGAUGUGAUUCGAAGCUACCCCAGUAUUCUGACAGGGGUGGACCUACAAUCAAUCGUAUAUGAGGUUCUGUGA